UGUCAUGUUGUUACCUCUUCUCUUACUUUUAUCUUUGCAACCCUCUCAUCUUUUCCAUUUCACAAGCAAGAAAAACCAGCGAACAUACAAGAGAGAAGAGAAAAAAGUGUGAGAAAUGGGGAGGGGAAAGAUUGAGAUCAAGAGGAUCGAGAACUCCAGCAACAGACAAGUUACCUACUCCAAGAGAAAGAAUGGGAUCCUAAAGAAGGCCAAGGAAAUCACUGUUCUAUGUGAUGCACAAGUUUCCCUUAUCAUCUUUGCUGCAUCUGGGAAGAUGCAUGACUACAUCAGCCCUUCCACUACUUUGAUUGACAUAUUGGAGAGGUACCACAAGACCUCAGGGAAGAGGCUUUGGGACGCCAAGCAUGAGAACCUAAACGGCGAAAUUGAGAGACUCAAGAAAGAGAAUGACAGCAUGCAAAUUGAGCUCAGGCACUUGAAGGGAGAAGAUAUAAACUCUCUGAACUACAAGGAACUCAUGGCCUUAGAAGAUGCCUUGGAAACUGGUCUCGUCAGUGUUCGUGAGAAACAGAUGGAUGUGUACAGGAUGUUCAGGAGAAAUGACAAGAUCUUGGAGGAGGAGAACAGGGAACUUAAUUUUCUCUGGCAACAACGUUUGGCAGUGGAAGGUGCAAGAGAAGUGGAGAACGGGUUUGAUCAGAGUGUGAGGGAUUACAAUUCCCAUAUGCCAUUUGCCUUUCGUGUGCAGCCAAUGCAGCCAAAUCUUCAAGAAAGGAUCUGAUAUAAUACUCUGUCAAAUCAAAACUCCAUCUUCGUGUUUUCAUCACAAUCUUAUGUGCAUCUCACAACUUUUUAACUAUGUUUUCGUAUCUGUUUGCUGCUAAUAAACAACUCAAUUUCACUUCGUCAUUCAAGUCUCCGACUUUGUCACCUAUUUUGUGUGUUUCUCUCACUAUUAUAUAUACUUUCUCCUCCUCAUUUUUCUUAU